AUGGGCAUCGAUGACUUCACCGCGAGCAACGGCUGGCUGUGGCGCUUCAGGAAGGGUUUCGGCUUAGGUCGCUGCGAGCGGCUGUCUUCGGCGAAGCAGCGAGCCGCCGUCUCCAGCGAAAGGACCCGGAGGGAACCAGAGGACUUCCUCGCGUACCUUGACGCCAGAGAGCAGUACCAUCCGCGCAACCCUGAUUCGGACGGGGAUCCCUGGUCGCCAACCACGCUGGCGGUGGUCGGGCAGCGUGUCGGCGUCAUUCUGGGCGUAAACGAAGACUGCUCGGACAACCUGGCUCCGCGGGUCGUGGGACGCCGCAUUGACCCGAAGAACCUACGAAACCUUUGCAGCCCACCUUGCGUGUACCUUGCCAGCACGGAGGACCUCUCGCGGAUGCCUGUGGGCGCAUUAGAGCAGUACCUGGAUGUCCUAGACAGACGCAUGCGUGCCGGGAAACGCGUGGUCGCCGUCUUCCUGACCCCAGAUGUGGCGGAAGCCGUCAGUAGCGACUUCAAGAACACUCGCCUGUUCUCGCUCAGAUGCUCAAGCAUGAGCAGCCGGAAUUCGUCGGACGUGAGCAUACUGAAACAUUUCAAGCAACUCUAUCGAACAUUCCUGUUAAGGAGGUUCACCGUACUGAACGGUCAGCUGGAGGAGGCGAGGCCUACGCUCCUUUUCGCCAUGUCCUUGAUCACCAUGUCGUGGGACUGUCUGAAGCAGGACAUCAUUAGGACCGCAUUCAAAGAUUGGGGCUUCCAUGGUUGCAUCCUGUCGCACUCGGCUGCUGCCGAACCAAAACAAGGUGACGCGGCAGGACAUGCAGUGGACACUGGGAACGUUCUGCUGGACAGCUUUGUCUGGACGGACUGA